ACACGAUGACCUGAAGGAAAUGCUGGACAGCAAUAAGGACUCCCUGAAAUUGGAAGCCAUGAAGAGGAUUGUGGCAAUGAUGGCCAGGGGGAAGAAUGCCUCAGACCUCUUCCCUGCAGUGGUGAAGAACGUGGCUUGCAAGAACAUUGAGGUGAAGAAGCUGGUGUAUGUGUACCUUGUGCGCUAUGCUGAAGAGCAACAGGACCUGGCACUUCUCUCCAUCUCCACCUUCCAGAGAGGCUUAAAGGACCCGAACCAGCUGAUCCGAGCCAGUGCUCUGCGAGUCCUUUCCAGCAUCCGGGUUACCAUCAUUAUACCCAUCAUGAUGUUGGCCAUCAAGGAUGCUGCCUCUGACAUGUCCCCCUACGUACGCAAGACGGCAGCCCAUGCUAUACCCAAGCUCUACAGUUUGGACCCAGAGCAGAAGGAACCUCUGAUAGAAGUCAUUGAGAAACUUCUCGCUGAUAAAACAACGCUCGUGGCUGGGAGCGUAGUCAUGGCCUUCGAGGGCGUGUGUCCCGAACGCAUCGAUCUUAUCCACAAGAACUACCGCAAGCUCUGCAACCUGUUGAUCGAUGUGGAGGAAUGGGGCCAGGUGGUCAUCAUCAACAUGCUGACGCGUUACGCCCGUACGCAGUUCCUCAACCCCAAUGCCAAUGAGGUCCUACUGGAGGAAGGUGAAGAGAAGGAAUUCUAUGGCUCUGAUGAGGAGGAGGGAAAGGAGGAGAAGGUUGAGAAGAAGAAACCCUACGUGAUGGACCCUGACCACAGGCUUCUGCUGCGCAACACCAAGCCCCUCCUUCAGAGCCGCAACGCAGCAGUUGUUAUGGCUGUUGCUCAGCUCUACUUCCACUUGGCCCCCAAAGCUGAGGUGGGGGUCACCGCCAAGGCUUUGGUGCGGCUACUGAGGAGUCACAGUGAAGUUCAGUUUGUGGUCCUACAGAACGUGGCAACUAUGUCCAUAAAACGCAAGGGGAUGUUUGAAACCUACCUGAAGAGCUUCUACAUCCGCUCCACAGACCCCACCCAGAUCAAAGUUCUCAAGCUAGAGGUGCUAACCAACUUGGCAACCGAGACCAGCAUAUCUAUUAUUCUGAGAGAAUUCCAGACAUAUAUUAAAAGCAUGGAUAAGGACUUUGUUGCUGCCACCAUUCAAGCGAUUGGCCGCUGUGCUACCAACAUCGGGGAGGUGAGGGACACGUGUCUAAAUGGGCUGGUCCAACUGUUGUCCAACCGUGAUGAGCUGGUGGUGGCCGAGUCUGUGGUGGUCAUCAAGAAGCUGCUGCAGAUGCAGCCGGAGCAGCACAGUGACAUCAUCAAGCACAUGGCUAAGCUCAUAGAAAACAUCCAGGUGCCCAUGGCACGAGCCAGUAUACUGUGGCUCAUUGGCGAGUACUGUGAGCACGUGCCCAAGAUCGCUCCGGAUGUGCUGAGAAAAAUGGCUAAGUCCUUCACCAGCGAGGAGGACAUUGUGAAGCUGCAGAUCCUCAACCUGGCAGCCAAGCUCUACCUGACCAACUCCAAGCAGACAAAAUUGCUUACUCAGUACGUGCUGAACCUUGCCAAGUACGACCAGAACUAUGAUAUCCGGGACCGGGCGCGGUUCAUACGCCAGCUCAUCGUGCCCACCGACAAGGGCGGCGCCCUCAGCAAGUACGCCAAGAAGCUCUUCCUGGCUCUCAAGCCAGCCCCCAUCCUCGAGUCUCCCUUCAAAGACAGAGACCACUUCCAGCUGGGCUCCCUCUCGCACUUGCUCAACGUCAAGGCGGGGGGCUACCAGGAGCUGCCCGACUGGCCCGAAACCGCCCCGGAUCCUUCCGUGCGCAAUGUGGAGGUGAUGGAUGCUGUUGAGACGGUCCUUGACCCUGUCCUUGCCUUCCGACAGGUUCCGGAAUGGACCAAGAGCAGCAGUCGCGAGAAGCGGAAGGAGAAGAAAAAGGUGGAGAAACCAUUCUACUCAGACUCUGAGGACGAGUCUCGGCUGACCGAAUCGGCUGACAGCGACUCAAACACAGGCAGCGGGUCAGAGAGCAGCAGCGCCACUGAGGAAAGCGACUCGGGUUCCAAAAGUGAGGACAGUGGAGGGGAAUCGGAGUCCGAGCAGCAGGAGAAGCCAAAUAGGAAGGCGGAUAAGAGCAGCCGAGCUCAGAGAGUCACACAGGAGACGGGUGAUAGCGAGCGGAGCAGCGGAGAGGAGAGGAGGACGGCGAAGAAGACGACAGAGCCGAGAAGUGAGUCGGAGUCUGAGGAGGAGGGGAAGGAGAGCUCGUCGGAGAGCUCCGAGUCGGAGUCCGAGUCUGAGACAGAGUCCAAGGAAGAGUCUGAGCCUGACACAGAAGCCAAAAGAAAUGCAAAGAAGAAGGCCAUCACACCCAGAGCACCUGACAAGCCUAGAGAAGAGAAGCAGGAAGUGUCUCUCCUUGACCUAGAUGACUUUGACUUGAACCCGUCUCCUCGGGUCAACCCGGUCAACAGUUUUAUGUCCAGCAGUCUAGUGGCAGAUCUGGAAGGCUUGUCCCUGACCCACUCUGCACUGCCCCCUCCUACCAUCAGCCCCACGUUCAGCUCACUGAAGACCUAUGAGCUCCUGCACCGCCUCACCGGCGAGGGCUUGGCUGUGGGCUACUGCUUCGGCCGCCAACCAUUCGUACGCGACCCUCACAUGGUCACCGUGCAGAUCCAGUUCACCAACCACAUGGACACAGAGGCCCGGAACCUGCGUGUCCGGGAGCCCAGGCUGCAGUCCGGCAUGAGGAUCAAGGAGUUCCCAGAGAUCGAGGUGCUACCACCCGGCGAGACGGUCACCACGGUGAUGGGCAUCGACUUCUGUGAUUCUACGCAGGCGGCCAAUUUCCAGCUCUGCACCCACACCAGGAAGUUCUGUGUGUCCAUCCAGCCCCCUGUGGGAGAGCUAAUGGCGCCGGUGUUUAUGUUGGAGAACGAGUUCAAAAAGGAACAAGGUCAGUUGAUGGGCAUGAAUGAGAUCAAGGAGACUUUAGUGUUGGGUGAGGCAUGCCAGAGCGACUACGCCAUUGUGCAGAGGGUCACCGCUGCUGCCAACGUUGGCCAAGUGCCCUGUGGCUCAGACCAGGAGUACAGCUCCACUCCUCCUCCCUGCUCACCGCUGGUGUCCAGGUUCGCGGGAAAGACGAUGACCAGCAACAGUUUAGUGUUGGUUACUGUGAUAACCAAGAGGGACCGGACUGCACAGCUGACUGUCAACUGUGAGAAGAUGGUGAUUGGCACCAUGCUGGUGAAGGACAUCCUCCACGCCCUCUCCCAGUGAAGA